AUGUCCGCUUACAAGAACAUCGCCGUCGUGGGUGCCAGUGGAAACACUGGCAAGAUCAUUAUCGAUGGAUUACUAUCCUCGGCCAAAUUCAACAUCACAGUCUUGUCUCGCCAGGAAAGCAAAGCGACUUUUCCCCAGAGCAUCACUGUCCGAACCACGGAUUUCUCUGAGACGGAUCUCGUCAGCGCGCUUCGAGGCCAAGAUGUCGUCAUCUCCGCCCUGGGAGUCGAAGGGUUCGGCCAACAGCAAACAAUUGUCGAUGCCGCUGCACGUGCCGGUGUCAAGCGAUUCUUGCCAUCGGAGUUCUCUGCCAGCAGCGAGGAUCCCGCUGUUCUGAAAUUGAUGCCGCUUUUUGAACAGAAGAAGAAUCUCAUUGAGUACCUCAAGUCCAAGGAAAAGGAUGGACUCACCUGGACUGGUAUCGCGACUGGUCUCUUAUUUGAUUGGGGCCUUGCCAAUGGCUUCCUCGGAUUUGACGUCGCUAAUCGCACCGCGACAAUCUGGGACGACGGGGACACAAAGUUCACCCUGACCAAUGAGAAGCAACUUGCGCAGGCUGUUGUGUCAGUCCUAGAACAUCCCCAUGAGACAAGCAACCGGUAUCUCUAUGUAUACUCCGUCGAAACAACACAGAACGAGAUCCUGCAGUCCCUCGAGGAAGCUACCGGGGCCAAGUGGACGGUGAAUGCCACGUCUACCGACCAACAAAUUGCCGAAGCUCAGGAGAAGCUAGGCGCUGGUGAUUUUAGCGGAGGAUUUAUUCUCGUGCGCGCGACGAACUUUGGCAACACGGAUGCUCUGCGCUUGAACUAUGCCAAAGAGGAGAAUUUGGCCAAUGACAUUCUGGGUCUCGAAGUCGAAAGUGUCGAUGAGACUGUGAAGCGAGUGGUUGAGGGCUGA